AUGAGGGCUAAUGGACUCUCUCAGAUUGUUGGAAAUGAUCAGUGUGAGCGUAUAAGGGGUAUGAGGAUUUUGUUGGUAGGUGCAGGUGGUAUAGGGUGUGAAAUGUUGAAGAACUUGAUAUUGGUGGGUUUUGGCGAGAUACAUGUUGUAGACUUGGAUACGAUUGAUCUGUCCAAUCUGAAUCGGCAGUUCUUGUUUAGACAUCGCGAUGUAAAGAAACCCAAGGUGACUACGGCGGUUGAGGCGGUUAAACAUUUCAGCGAUUCUAAAUUAGUUGCGCACCAGGGAAACAUUAUGGAUGGAGAGCAGUUCCCUUUGUCGUGGUUUGGGAUGUUUGAUGUUAUCUUCAAUGCUCUAGAUAAUCUUGCGGCCCGUCGGCACGUAAAUCGGAUGGUACAGUUUCUUGGUACGCCGCUGCUAGAGUCUGGGACGGCUGGUUUUGACGGUUAUAUACAACCUCUCAUUCCAGGUAAAACCGAAUGUUUUGACUGCACUGCGAAAGAGACUCCAAAAACAUUUCCUGUUUGUACAAUCCGGUCAACGCCUUCCACGCCGUUGCACUGUAUUGUGUGGGCGAAGAAUUUCCUGUUCCAGCAGUUGUUCAGCGGUGUGACUGAGGACAUUGAUACAGAAGAUAAUUCAGAAGAGCUUGAGCGCAUCAGGCAGGAGUCUAAGGAGCUAGGUGAGCUGCAGCAGUGGAUUAGUUCGGGAGACAUGUCCAAGAUAGACGACAUUGUGCGUAAACUGUUUGUGGAGGACAUCAAGAAGCUGCUGGCAAUUGAGAACCUUUGGCGCACCCGUGUAAAACCUGAGCCGCUUACGAACUUCUCGAUUGGGAAAGACCAUAGCUGUGACAAUUUGAAUGAGGUGUGGAGCCUGCAGCAAAAUUUGAAUAAGUUUGUAGCUGUAACAGAGGUAUUGAUGGAAAGAAUGAAGAACGAACCCUCCAUUGAAUUUGAUAAGGAUGAUGUGGAUACAUUACUAUUUGUAGCCACAGCUGCUAAUAUAAGAGCUCAUAUUUUUCACAUACCGUUGAAGUCGGUAUUUGACAUCAAGCAAAUUGCAGGGAAUAUUAUUCCUGCUAUCGUUUCAACUAACGCUAUUAUUGCAGGCCUUUCUUCAUUGGUUUCUUUACGUGUCCUUAACAUGCUCAAGAUAAUAGACAAUGAUCCACUAAAAAUCCCAAUGUCCUUCACUGCAAAAGCGUCUAAUAUAUCUACCAAUAGAUACCUGUCAUCGCCGCUUCUGUCACCACCUAACCCUGAGUGCGCUGUAUGCAUGCACUACCAGCGUGCUGUGCUAAAGUUAAAUAAAAAAAUCUGGAAGGAACUAACACUUGGCAAACUUAAUACAAGCAUCCAAGAGACCUAUGGAUUUUCAGAAGAGGUUUCAAUACUAGAUUCCUCAACAAACAGACUCUUGUUUGACUAUGAUUUUGAUAGCCUGAAGGAUUCGACACUGGAAAAAUUGAACCUGUCCACAGGUUCUAUUUUAGCAAUAUCUGAUGAACUUGUCAACGAAGACGACAAUACUACAAGAAAGCCCAUUGAAAUCUAUAUAGAAAUUUCAGACGAAGCAGGGGAAUUCACAUUGCCAGCGCUCCCGAUGAUGCGCAUUGUACAAAAAGAGGAAGAGGAAGCUCAAAAUCAAACUGGUGAUAAUGAGGAAACCUCAAAGGGGACGGAUCAUGUCAUAGCAAAUGACGGUACUAUUACUAUAGAUGAUGAAGAUGAUAAUAAUGAUGAUGAUAAAGAUUCUAAACACACUGUUGGUAGAAAACGGAGUUUGAAUCUUUUUAGUGAGUCUGAACCAAAACGUACCAGACCUACGCCUGGAAAUGAACAUAGCACCAUCAUUUUAGAUUAA